GGAAUUUGUGGCCAGAUACGGGAACUAUGUCUGUGACACCGGGACAAAGUCCCUGAGCAAUAUCGGAACUAAAUUAUACCGGGACAAAUUCCCUACAAUAUACGAGAUAGAUUCCCACACGUUUGAUAAUGAGAUGUAAAUUUUCUUUGGAGCUAAACAUCGUCUUUGUUCGCAAUUUGUAUUGAUCUUUUCACAUUUGAACAGCCGUGUGCUUUAAAAUGGACAAGGAUGGCAGGCAGACGGGUAUUUAUGCCGCUGAAAAAAUAUUAAAGAAACGCAGGCGAGAGGUAGAGACACAUGUUUUGUUGAUGAUUUGAAAUAUUGUUCAAUUCACUGUAAAUGAUUUACCGUUUGCUAUUCUUGAAAUACAUUCAUGCUGUUAUCUCUUGUAGAACAAAGUUGAGUUUUUAAUAAAGUGGAAAGGCUGGUCUGCUAAGUAAGGAUUUGAUUAGCUAAAAGUUUACAGCAAAAUAUUCGAGUGUUGAGACAUUUCUAAUGAUGUUUUCUACCAAUAGACAUAAUACGUGGGAGCCGAAAGAAAACGUCCUUGAUCCCCGAUUAUUGCUUGCCUUUGAAGAAGCGUAAGUACCUUAAUUUACAAUGGAGGCGACCAACUGUCGAUAUUUUGAAAAUAUACAAUAGUAUUAAAUAUCAGUGUGUGUUUUAGAAAUACUUGCAACAAAUGUCGCUGGAAAUAUAUAUACAACCAAUUUUUCUGUAAAGUAAACAGUCCAUUAUAACUGAUGGAAUUGUAAAAAAUUUAAAUGAAAUCUUGUACAUGAAAUAUAAUAUCAUUUAUAUGAAUAACAAAGACGUGACUGUGAUCAGGCUAUUGUGACCUAUUUGUGAGUAAAAACACAUCUUAGAAUGUAUUUUUUUGUCAAUUUGAGACACAUUUAGUCAUGUAGUCUGGCUUUGACAAUAUUUCAAUAGUCGUACAAAUACCUGCUUUCCAAUGCAUGGUUAUGAAAAUACUUUAAAGACACAGUUCAGCUGUUGAAUGAUGGUUUGUAAGGUGUAAUUAAGCAUAAUUCAAAAUCAGUGAACUCAAUCAAUGUUUUUAACAUUAAAAAUGUAAAAGCAUUGAGAUGACUGCUCUUGAAUUAUGCUUAAUUGAUUUUCCUAGUUAGUUUUUUCAAUUAAAAGGACUGUAAUGCGCCUUAAAAUCCAUCAUUCAAAAGGCUGAACUGUUUGAAAUUGGUGAUGUAAUAUUAAAAUGUCAGUCUUGAGAGUACAUGUUAUUGUAAAAUUUGGAUUGCAAAACAAAAUAUCAGUACAAGUAAAUAUGUUUUCCUCUUUAUUAUGUAAUCAUUGGCUGGAAUCUGUGCAUAGUGUUUAAAUAUAUUUUGAUCUCAUUUUUAUCAAGGCAUGAAAGAAAACGAAAACGUGGCUUUGCGAAAAAACCUCGAAGAUCUGAGGUAAAUCUGAGCAACAUAUUUUUCCCAUGUUUUGAUCAUAUUGAAGCCAAUAUUGAAUAUGGCUUGCAGGAAGUAGUCCGUUACAGGUGAUAGACUUCUAAGUGUUUUGCAAAAAUGCAUUGACUGACAGAUUCCCUGUCAGGCAAACUAGUGGAUAUUAAUAUUCUGUGCCUUUAUAAGCAAUGUGCAUUUUUAUACAACAAAGCCACCUUGAGAAAAUCUUUAUUGACCUACAGGUGCUUCUCACCUAACAGCAUUGCUGCCAUGUUGGAUGAAUGGGGGAUUUCAGCUACAGGUGAAAUUUUGAUCUAGACAAGAAGAAUGGAAUCCAUUACCUUGAGUAAACUGCAAAGUUUGGUUGUGAAUUGUUGUAAAUUGAGGGAAAUAUAGCCCUGUGAAGUUUGCAAAUUUUGUAUGUAUUAUUGCAUGGGAAAAAUAACUCUUUUUGAGCCAAAAGUGGUUAUUUUUACUGUGCGUAAUACAAAUAGAUACAAAAUGCAGGGCUCUAUUCUCUUCAUUUUAAAACAUUUAGCAACCAAUCUUUGAAGUUUUACUCAUUCUAAGACGCUCUUUCUAGCUGUGGUGUUGGAUUUCGUUCUUGCCGUGAUCAAAAUUUAGUUUACAGCUGGAAUCACCCAUUUGACAUAGUAUUUUGAGUGUUAUGUUAGGGGCUGGUUAUAUGAAAGCCAGAUAAUGUAGUUUAAUAGCAUUUCAAGCAUUUUUACAAUGGUUGAAAAAGCCACUAUAUCCAUUGGAUAGUGAUAUCCAGCCUUUCAAGCUUUCUGAAAUCAUUGAUUGGUAAAACCCAGAUUUAUCAUUUUAAAAGUCUCUUUAAUAAUUUAUUUAAAUUGUGAAGUCCAUAUUGGUAGGUGUAUAGAUUUUCAAACACAGAAUUGUACCUGGUAUAGAAGGGGAAAUGAAAUAGAAAUUAAUUUACUGUACUUUGUUUCUGGCUUAGGAACCAGGAGAAGUUGAUGAUGAAAUAAUGGAAGUUGAACAAGAAGAAGUUAACUCGUUAACCAGUGGUGAAACUGAUAAUGGUGGCGAAGAAAUCUCAACAACUGAUGUAGCUGGCCCAAGCAAUGUCGCUGCUGAGUCGAGCCAUGUUGCUGCUGGGUUGAGCAAUGUCACUGCUGGGUCGAGCCAUGUAGCUGCUGGAUCAAGCCAUGUCGCUGGGUCGAGCCAUGUUGCUGCUGGGUCGAGCCAUGUCGCUGCUGGGUCAAGCCAUGUCGCUGUGUCAAGCCAUAUUACUGCUGUCCCAAGUCUUGUUGCUGAUGGGCCAAGUCAUGUUGUUGCCAAGCCAGGUGAUGUUACUGGUGGCCACAAUGAUCAAAGUGAUGUUACUGCUGAUGCUAGUGGUGUUGCUGCUGAGGCAAGUCAUGCAUUUGAAAGUGGUGAAAAUACGAAGCAGAGGGAAGAAGAUAGCAGCAAACAACAACAAGAGACUGUGGAUGCAUCCAGUGUAGCUGAAGUUCCAUCAAAUCCUGAAACAACAGACAAUGCAGAAACACCAAGUGAACCAAGUUUGGAAAGUGUAAAACGUCCAAGUUUGGAAGCUAUACCAGAACGGAGUUGUAUCAGUUUAAAAGAACCUAUCGAAGAAGCAGUCUCAGAAGAAUUGCCCAAGGAUAUAUUUGAUAACUCAAGUGAAAACGAGUCUGUUGUUUCUGGCCCACCACAAACAUCACAUAUUGAGGAAAAGCCUGAUGAAGCCCCAGUCAAUCCAAUCCCUGUGCCCAUCUCUCUACCCAAGCCACAUGUGGAACAGAGUGCACCCCCUGUCAUAGCACCCCCUACCCUUUUCACACCUCAUGUGGAGCAGCAACCCACUGCCCCUAUACCCACCUUGGAUGUAGAACCUACAGCACCCCCUGAACCCACUCAGCAUGUUGAACACAAACCACCCCCGGCAAACAUCUCACAUGUGGAACAUAGACCACCCCAUGUACCUAGCAUUUCUGAGAAUAAGUUGACAAGAGUCAGCAAGGAUGGUGACAGUGUCGAUAAGAGGUUGGCUGAAGUGAGCGACUGCCCAAACCUGAGUCUCGUGGACAAGGUUGUAAUUACGGAUGUCACCACUGCUAAAGGCACAGUAACUGUCAAAGAAUGCACAACAGAUGAAGGAUUUUUUGCAAAUAAUGUUUCCCCUGAAGAAUCACAAACUGCUAAUGGAUCAUCUUUAACAUAGAUUGUUGAGAUAACUAAAUGCAAAUGUUAUAGAAUAUUUAUGAACAAAAAAUUUGAACAAUUGACUAGCAUAAUGUUAGCAUAGGAAAUGUAGUGUAGAAAUUUUUAUGUACAAAUAUAAAAUUCAAAUUGUGGGGUGUGUUAAUUCGUGUAAAUGGUUUUUUGUCCUAAACCUAACUUAUGGUACACACGUAAAAACGCACAAGUUGUUACAGGUCUGCAAACAAGUUGUUACGAACUUGUUCACAAGCUGUUGACAAGUUGUGUUCGCACUGCUUGUUCCCAGUUGUUGGAACAAGUUUGGAACAAGCUGUUAACAAC